GUGCGUGAUGAUGAUGCGUGCUGUGACGCCACGAGCAGAGGCAGAUCCUUGGAGCAUACGAGCACCGGGCUGAGGCAGCAAAGCAUCCGCACCAGCAGCGCCACAAAGGGAGUUCAGUGCUGGUUGUUGUACCUCUUCUUCUCUCCACUCCUCCUCCUCCUCUUCCUCUCCAGGGUUACAGAUGCUCCGGCUCGGCGGAAAGAUGUGCGGCUUCUCCGCCCUGCUCUCGGUGCUUCUCGCCGGGAUCGCUGCGGCGUCUUCGGAUCUGUUUGACAACCAACUGGGCGACAUCAAUUACUGCAAAAAGCAAUGCCAGCUCACCAUCAAAAACAAAAGCCCAGCUAAAGACUCCAUAAUGAACGCCUGUCACCGCGGCUGUCGCCUCUACUCCAUCUGCCAGUUCGUCAAUGGCAACGCCGGCUUCAACACCAGCAGGGAGGAGUGUCAGGGAGCCUGUCAGGAGGCGUACGUGAAGCAGCUGGAGCAGGAGGCCUGCUGCACCGGCUGCGCCAGCCAACCCUCUGAACCUGAGCUCAAGAGGAGAAGGCUCAGGGCCAUGACUCUUCGCCCUAAGUCCCUCUCUGUGAUGGAGGCCGUGUCCGGUUGGUGCAAUGACAUCGUCAGCUCCGCCCAGAGCUUCAUCUCCUCCACCUGGACUUUCUACCUGCAGGCUGAUGACGGCAAGGUUGUGGUUUUCCAGAGCCAGCCAGACAUGGAGUACUCUCUGCCCGAGCUGCAGGCUCCUCGAUCCAACGUGGCAGACAAGCCCUGGCCUCAGGUCCACUCCCACACCCAGAGACCCCACGGUGUGAGGGGACAUGGGGAGAGGGGAGCGUCUAAAGCAGGAGGCAAAAUGAAGCACCCGGUGCAGCACGCAGACGACCCCACAGCGGAGCACGACUUCCUGGGCUGCAUGUCGAGACGUUCAGGCCUUCCACGGUGGAUUCUAGCGGCCUGUCUCUUCCUGUCCAUCAUGGUCAUGCUGUGGCUCAGCUGUGCUAGCCUCGUCACCGCACCAGAGCAGCACAUUAAGACGCAGCUUAGUAUCAACGGAGAUAAAGAGUUCCUGGAUAACGCCCAGAAAGUCAACCCCUACUACCUGAGUCCUAUGAUCGCUGUCACCCUGAAACAAUCUGAGGAGAGCCAGGAGGCGGGGCCGCUGCCGGUGAAAGUCGACCUCAACAAAACCUGCGUUUAGAAAAGGACCAAUGGGAGAGCUGCUGUCUUGUUUCUGAGGGCAACCAUAUAUAAAAUCAGGAGUGAAACAAACGCAUCACGGGACUCUAAACAGUCACCAGAGUUUUUAAAAACAUAUUUGUAAGAGCAUGGCACCCUCCCGGCGUUUAAAAUCUUGCUCAGUCUUGUUGGUCUGAUAACAUUUAAAUGUUCUUGUACAGCCCAAAUUAUUCCAAAUCCAUCCUCAAAUUAUCUUCAAUGCUCAGCCGGCUCAUUGCUUAUUAAUAAAUCAGAGCUCUUGUCUCAGAACAGUGAGGAAUUAGUACAGUUUUCAAAUAAUUGUUCAUGUUCACAGUAGACGAAGACAAACACUGGGAUUUAGUUUAGAGUUCAUCUUGCCUCGUUCUCGCAGAGAGUUUGGAUUAGUUAAUGGGUUGUCAUCGAAAUAGAAAUGAGAAAGAGGAAAGAAAGAUUGAUAAAAGAUGGACUAAUUUCUUUGAGAGUGCUCCAGGGUAUAUUCUAAAUAAAAAAAUGUUCUCCCUCACAACAUAACUACAUUUGCAGGUGAGCUCUGAUCAAGUUCAGAGAAACAAAGGCAUACUUACUACAAAAACUAAAACAGUGUCUUCUGAUAAUUUAUCAAAACACUUCUAGGGGGGGUGUGUGUUUACAAUUACAGUACACAUACUAAUAAUUUAACCUGGAUUAAAAACUGGACGCUCUGUCUGAGAAUGAGCAAAAUAAACACUUUAUUUAUUUUCUAAUCUAUUUAUUCAGAAUCAUCCAUCUGAGUUUUCUGUUAAAAGUGUUUUUGAAGUGCCAUGUACAGUUCAUUAAUCAUACAAAUGUACCUGACCUGUAAGAUACCUAGCUGGAAGAGGGGGAUUGCACCUAUUACUGUAUUAUUAUUACUACUCUCAUAUUAUCGCUCUUAUAUCACUUGGAGAGUUCUUAGCUGUUAUAUGUGCUUUCUAAUAGCUGACUAUUUUGUAUGUCCUAGGAGCACACACUGAAGCAUACCCCCUGUAACAAUGUGUAAUGCAAAGCUUUUAACAUAGACCGUUGUUAUUGACAGUCGCACAGUCUUAGAGAAGAUUUUCUGUUUCCCUCUCAGUGCUUUUGGUGUCCUGUAACGCUUUCUUUUCAUCCAGGCUAUGGAGACAAUAAACCGUGCAUGCAAGUGACGCUUCGAUAGUUUAGCUUAACCGCCCGCCAUGCCAGUGUGGCACGACUCUACUGUAGACUUGUGAUUUUAUUGUGUUACUAUUUACUGUAAACAUUGAUUAGAAUGUGUAAUCAUGAAUGACAAUUUCAAGAUUUACAGGAAGGACUCUUAAUUUAAAAAGCCAUUUAAUCGAUAUCUGUGCUGGUUCAAACUGACAGUAGGAUAUCACCAGGAGUAUGAUAUUAAUCUCAAACUGUAUUGUUUCCUUUUUACUGGUCUGUUUAUUUUCAAUGAAAUGAAAUUUACAACAUGAUGAAAUAAAGUGUUUUCAUUGUAAAUAAA